AUGUCUAUCACCGUCGGCAUCGCGGUUACCACGGGCAAUUUGUGCCAGAACGCCUCCAAGCUCCCUCAGCAUUUUCGUGAGUCACCCCGCGUGACUAUCGUUCAAGGCGAGUCGAGCGAUCUAGAGACACUUCGUUCUUUUGUCGGUGGGUGCGACGUUAUCAUCUGCUGCUACCUGGGGGACAACAACUUCAUGGUCGAGGGCCAAAGGUUACUGGUAGAUGCAUGCGAGCUGGAAAACAUUGGCCGAUACGUCGCCAGUGACUACUGCCUGGACUUCACCAAGCUGGCACUUGGACAGCACCCCGCUAAGGAUCCCAUGAAGCACGUAAAGGCAUACUUGGAUGGGAAGAAGAAUGCAGAAUAUCCCAAGGAGAUCAAGUUCUCGUUCUACGGGGAUGGAGAUGAAAUUUGGGAAUCUAUCACCUACGAAACUGCAGCUGAGUAUGUCACUGUCGUUGCACUGGACAGGAAUGCAGUUGAAAUGCAGCACUUCCUCAGUAACCGCAAAUCAAUCAAGGAGAUUGCCAAGGAAUUCUCUCAGGUGUUCUACCAAUUCUACUGCAUCAACGGUCAAACCUACUUGAAAAAGUAUCUGGACAACAAAAAGUAUCCACAAGUCACCCCAGUCACUUUCAGAGGGUUCCUUGAGGGCGUCGGGUACAUGCUAUCUAUGGGUGGUACAUCGAAGAUCAUCUAUGACAAGUCCAGUGGUCAAAGGCAUAUAUGUGAGUUCAAACUCCUAUCUCUAUUCGACGAACUACAAAGCGGGGGGUUGAUCAUAACUACUUCCUAUACGGACUCAUCCGAUGCACCAAGAGCCGAUUUUAUCGGAAAGGAACGCCGCCCGACACGACAGAUUAGGUCAAAAAUAUCAACGCCUGGACGUAGUGAAUAUGGAAAUAACCAUAGCGGGAUCCAGUGCGAAGUUUCUACUAUUGAAAUAGAAGUGUACAGCAAGGGAUAUAAUAUCCUCAUUGAAAAGCUCGGAUAG